GAUGAUGUCGACACGGCUUCUUGUCGUUUUCACAACUCGCAUCUCCACGCUGCAUACUCACAGCUUUGGAGCGCCGUAUCACAAAACCCAAGUUGCUCUGAUUGGUCGCGACGGUGACGUGCAUCCAAGGCGCGGGAUCUCGCAGGUGUGCAACCUUAAGUCAUUCCAACAAGCCCGGCGCAAGUCCAUGGUGCAACUCUCCCUACAGUCGACCCGGUAGAAGAAGUGCAGGCCACAUACGACCCCAUACGUUGAAGGUAGCUGACUUAUAGCUGCACCAAUCGCCCACCAUGUCUAUCAACUGGGUCAUGACCUCGAAUGAUUCGAACACCCCAUUCACACCUUUACCCGGCGAGCAGCUCGUCCACACAACACCGAAACGGGUCCAACUGUCGAUCGAAACGCCGAAACACUAUCCUGGGAAGCAGCAAAAGCCAUACUCCCUCACACAUACGAAUGGACAAAUAUUCCUCACGAACUCGAGAGUGAUAUACCUGCCCGACAAGCCGACGGCUGACUUCAAGAGCUUCGCAAGCCCCAUCCUCAGCCUCCACGACUCCCACGUCACGAUGCCUUGGUUUGGUGCGAAUGGCUGGCAAGCAUUAGUACAACCUGUUCCUGGUGGAGGCAUACCUAUACCCAGCACGGGAGUGUUGGAGCUGAACCUGAAGUUCAACGACAACGGCGCGUUCGAUUUCCACACACAUUAUGAGCGGAUGCGGGAGCGGUUGCAGCAGGCAGCGGAGACGCAGCGAGCGAGUGGAGGCGCGGGGACGUCCAGAUCGGCAAUGAACGGAGGAGUCGAUGUCUCAACGGUACCGCUUGAGGACCUGCCAGCAUAUUCAGAACAGAGCGAUGCUCCACUUAUGGCGCCCACGGCGAUGGGCAUCGCGCAAAGUCCUGUUUUGCAGCAACAACGGGACAGUGGAGUGCAAAUGGGUCAUGCAAGUGAUACGAGUCCACCGAAUGAGCCGCCGCCGGGUUAUGAGGAAGCGCAGAUGGCGACAUUGCGUGAUGAGGCUGAGUGGGCUGCGGAGAGAGAAAGAAGGUCAUGAUGGAUGUGCAUCGUGGAGAAUAUGAUGAGCAUACGAACGGCAGUAACGACUUGGAGCUGAUGAAAUAUGUAUUGGUAAGAUGAUGGUUUUGGUCCAGCGUUCAGCAACAAGCGGUAGAUUUUGGUAUCUACAAUAAAUAUAUGUGAGACACGGCAGCCUGUGCCGAAGCAUUAGUUGAGGUUGGCAUAUGAAGAUGUAUUCAGAUGUCGUCUCAAAUGAGUAAGCCAGCAGAGAAUAAGCACGAGUAGGCGAAGGUGAGGAUUUAUGUCUGCUGCUUCAUGUGAUAACCAUGCGUCGUACCAAAGACGAGAAAGGUCGGAAGGGCACGAGAAGGGCUGCAGAUGCCGCCGCUGCUCGGGGAACGACAGCCUCGAGGGCCGAGGACGGCUGGAGAACACGUCGCGCUGACCCGUCGCAUCGCGCUUGUGCUUGUGCGCAUAUGUCCUCGUGGAGAAGAGCGCGUCAGGCGGAAUAGAACUGUAGAGUACAUGUAGUUGUCAGGUGUUGUUGUUGG